GCCCGGCCGCAGCCCAAGCGGGCACCUCGGUGUUUACACGGGGCGGCCCCGCGCGCGCCGCAGCGGCCCGCAGACGGCGAGGGGGAGGGGUGGCGCGCGCGCCGGCGGGGCCGCGCGGGGAGAAAGACACUGAAAGGCGUCGGCGGCCGGGCGGGGAGCGGCGCGCGCGGGCCGCGGCGGAGCCGGAGGCUGCAGGAAGAGCCCGCGGGGGCCCGGAGGGUGCAAUUCCUCGGCCCCCGCAAAACAAUGUGUGUUGUGCGCCAGGACGCAACUUGCCGGAGGUGGCGGGGGCGCGCCGAGCCCGCCUGAGACCGCGCUGACCUUCUCCCCCCGCCGUCCGUUGGGCCCGAGCGCCCAGCUCCUCGCUCCCCAGCUCGCGGGGGCCGGGCCGAGCCGUGGGGCGGGGCCGCCCCUCCGUCGCCGCUGCCUCCUCCCCCACCCCCAGCCGCGGAGGAUGCGGACGGCCCCCGGCGGCGUCUAGCGGCCCCGGGCCCAGGCGCGAUGGUGCAGCAGCGGGGCGCGAGGGCCAAGCGGGACGGCGGGCCGCCGCCCCCGGGACCCGGGCCGGCCGAGGAGGGGGCGCGCGAGCCCGGCUGGUGCAAGACCCCGAGCGGCCACAUCAAGAGGCCGAUGAACGCGUUCAUGGUGUGGUCGCAGCAUGAACGGCGGAAGAUCAUGGACCAGUGGCCCGACAUGCAUAACGCGGAGAUCUCCAAGCGCCUGGGCCGCCGCUGGCAGCUGCUGCAGGACUCGGAGAAGAUCCCGUUCGUGCGGGAGGCGGAGCGGCUGCGCCUCAAGCACAUGGCGGAUUACCCGGACUACAAGUACCGGCCGCGCAAAAAGAGCAAGGGGGCGCCCGCCAAGGCGCGGCCCCGCCCCCCCGGUGGUGGCGGCGGCGGCGGCAGCCGGCUGAAGCCCGGGCCGCAGCUGCCUGGCCGUGGGGGCCGCCGAGCAGCGGGAGGGCCUUUGGGGAGCGGGGCGGCGGCGCCCGAGGACGACGAUGAAGACGACGAGGAGGAGCUGCUGGAAGUGCGCCUGGUCGAGACCCCGGGGCGGGAGCUGUGGAGGAUGGUCCCGGCGGGACGGGCCGCCCGGGGACAAGCGGAGCGCGCCCAGGGGCCGUCGGGCGAGGGGGCGGCCGCCGCCGCCGCCUCCCCGACACCGUCGGAGGACGAGGAGCUAGAGGAAGAGGAGGAGGAGGCGACAGCGGCUGAGGAGGGCGAAGAGGAGACGGUGGCGUCGGGGGAGGAGUCGCUGGGCUUUCUGUCUAGGCUGCCCCCUGGCCCGGCCGGCCUGGAAUGCAGCGCCCUGGAUCGCGACCCGGACCUGCAGCCUCCCUCGGGCACGUCGCACUUCGAGUUCCCGGACUACUGCACCCCCGAGGUUACCGAGAUGAUCGCAGGGGACUGGCGCCCGUCUAGCAUCGCCGACCUGGUUUUCACCUACUGAGCCCACCGUCAGCGGGGCGCGCACGCCCCCAAACCAGCUGUUUACAUACAGGAAUCAGGUAUUGGGGCCCCUCGGAGGCCGAGGCUGGCACCCCAUCUCCCGCGUAGCCUCCCCCCUCCUGGACGUGCCCAUCCCCCCUCAGAUCCAGACAUGCCCCUCCCCCGCAGACACACCCCAAGGCAGCCCAACCCCCACCCCUUCCCUGACACCCAAGCCCCUCCCCACGUUGCCCCCUCCUGCACAGCCACCAGCAGCCAGCCCCCUCCGAUACACCUCCCGUCCUCUCCUACAGACCUGCACCCCUCCCCCCUUUUGCACACGCCCCUCCUCGUGGCCGGAGGACCCGCCCCCUCUCUUGCUCUGGAAUCCCUCCUCCCUCCCCCAGCCUGCCAUCUCCGGGUUAGGGGGGCGAUGCGGCUGGGUGGCAACGCGCGCUCCUCCUGUGCCCCUCCCUUCCCUGGGGGGAGGGGCGCACUCCUUUUAUUCCCGGAGCGCUAGGGCCCGCCUCUCCGCUGGGGCCCACCCCCUUCAUGCGCAUGCUUAAUGCUUCUUGGGAGGAGGGGGCUGGUCCCAGUGGAGCCGGACUCUUCGCCCGCUCCGGGCAAAAGCGGGGGCGAGUGUAGAGCGAUCCUGGGAAAUCCUUUGAUCCGGGAGUCCUAGGUUUCCUCUCCACCCAACGGGGCGUCGCUGCCUUAAUGGGAGGAGCACUCGAAAGGGUUGGUUUGGGCCUGAAACUCUCCCAAGUGGCAUAGCCCCUUUUCCGGUAUGGGGUCUCCUACACCCACGCGCACGACCUCUCGGAUCGCGUGGCUGCCUCUACUGCCUAUCUGUACGUCCCUUUUUUUCCCCAACUGGGAAUUAGGAGGUAGUGUCUUUCUCUGGAAAUCCAGCAGUAGAGGAAAGGACCACCCAAGAAAACUCAAAACCAAGACACCUUAACAGUCUGUAUGGGGACAGGAUCCCUGCUGCUCAUCCCCCACCCCCUCCUGGGAAGUGCCCCCUCACCUCAGGGCACCCGAAACCUGGGCUCCUCCCUAAGCCCACCGGCCCUUCCUGCCACCCAGGUCCACCCUCAGUACCCACAGCUGCAGUAUUCAGCGGGAAAAACUGAGGCACUUUGGUGCUAGGGGUUUGGGACUGAGGCAUGGAUAGCUGAUGUGAUGGCAGGAAGAGUCCCGCUUUUAAACAUCUGGCUUGAGAGAGACCAUCGAUUUGGCCAGUGAGACUGAGAAUGGAUUCCGAGUAGAGGUGGGCCGUUUGCACCUCGGUUUUUCCACCUGAGAAAUGGGGAGAACGCUGUUGUUAGGAGGAAGUUGUGUCCAGUUCAGGGAGCCCUCGGGAGCCCUGUCCCUGAUGCUGUGACCCCUCUCACGCCGCCAUCUCUCUGUCGAGCCCCGCCCCUCCGGCCUCCCCACACCCCCCCUGCCCUCACUACCUGUAUCUCACCGGCGUGUGUUCACCCUCCCGGGUGGCUCACACACUCUCAUUCACACACACAAAUCUCAGGAACAAACGGUCCCAGAGUCCUCCGGGACCCCUGCCCAGGGUCUCUGCAGGUCUCUGCCCCACGCGUUCCCGUCGCUGACAAAGCCACCAGCUGCCUCCUUUAAGCUUGGUGCUCCGGCUCUGGGCCUUUCUUGCGCUCUUUCUUUCUCUCUCUCUCCUUUUUUUUUUUUUUUUUUUUUUAAGAAAAACAACAACAACAAAAAAAGACAAUGAAAAAAAAAAACCCGUCAUGUGAGUGAAGAGAUGUCACUGUCUGUGGUCUUGGAGAACUAGUCUCGUAGCUGAGGGGUGGGGUCCCUCCGUCUGGGGCACUGGCACCCACAGCAGGACUCCGCCAGUCUGAUGCCAGGACUGAAUAAAGUGUAUUUGCCCCGACCUUGCCCUGUGGUUCUGCAUGUCUGUGCUUUUCCUCAACCCUCCCUAAACAGUUUGCUAGAUUCAAGUCCGUAUGAUUUGGGCCUGAGCUGGGUGUCCCAGAGCAAGCCACUUGGCCUGUCUAGGCCUCUAUCUCAGGAAUCCCUGGCCUUCGUGAAGAAUAGCAAACUCAUCCCUGUAGGGACCAGGCAGGUAACAUAAACAAGUGACUCUAGGUGGACACUGGUGUCAUGACCCACUUCAAGGGGCCUGCCUCUUGCCAGUUGUGACCCUGUGGGAAUGCAGUCCACAGUGGCCAGGUGGCCAGAUUUUUUCAAGAAAAGCUGGAUGGAUGUUUCUGAGUCAUCUCAAUUUCAAAAUGAAAGCUGACUCAUAUUUUUAAAUCUCUGUGGGCCAAAUGAAACAAGUAUGCAGGCAGGUCUGGUCUGAGGGGGCUGGCUUGACCAUGCCUUUCUGUGCCUUUAAUGAGGGUUAAGAAGCAAGAUUGGGCCACACUCUGUACUCAAAGCCCAGCUCCACCACUGAGUACCUGUGUGACCUUGAUUGAAUAAAUUAACUAAGUCCCAACUCUUCUUUCCAUAUGUGUAACAUGGGGAUAAUAAUAGUAGCUGCUUCACAGGAUGAAAUGAAGUUUGAGAUGAGAAGCAUUCAACAUGGUGCCCAUCAUGUUACUCCAUUGUUAGAGAAGGAAACAGGGUCAGGCGGGGAAGCAACUUACAGGAGGGCCUGCAAGCAGCCAGGGUCAGAGACAGGGCUUGGUUCUGCCUUCUGGUGAAGCAUGGCUUCGGGGUGCUGCCUCUCCUUCCCUGUUUGAAUCUGCAGAUUGUAUUAGGCCCCCAGCUGAGGGCCUGGAGUGGUGGGAUUGGUCCCAGUGCCUGGCACACACUGACCUGCAGAGUAGAUUAACUGAAUGACCAGAGAGCAACAGAAGUGUAGUGAUUCUUGUCUUUGAGGUUCUGACUGGUGUUUUACAGCAGAGUCCAAGGCUUUUCCCUCCUUUGUCCCUCUGACACCCCUCCCCCUAAUUCUUCAUCUGUCAGAUCCAGUGUAUUCCUAAGCUGGAACAAAGCCCCUGUUUUCCCAGUAAGAGCCAGGGCUGAGUGUGGAAAUUACAGUGACUGCUUCAUCUCAGCCUCUCUGGUGGAAAGCAAGCUGGCCAAAAAAAAAAAAAAAAAAACUAUUAGAGGAGGUAGAGUUGAGAAGGUGUGGAAGAUAGGGAUACCUGCCCCCAGAACUCCCUUCAAGGGAGGACUUCCCCAGCUAUGGGAAGUGCCAACAGGGAGGCCACAGCUGCAAAGAGCCACUUCACCUGAGACCACGCCCUUCCUGGGACAGCCUGUAUCUGGUGUCUGAGUGAGGCAUGGUAUAAACACCUGGUCAUUUCAAUCCAACAUGGGACACACACUGACAGGCAGUACUCCCAGCAGGCCCAGAACAACCAGGGCUUCGUCAGGCCUGCAGCACAGUUUGACUUCCUGUGCCCAGGCCUGCUUCCUCUUCUUUUCACAGGUGCUUAUUCCUAAUAAACAUUUUGCAACCCAAA